AUGCGUACGGUCGGGAUUCGGGAGCUCAAGGAUCGGCUCAGUCAGCACAUCCGGAUGGUUCGCGAGGGCGAACGGAUUCUGGUUACGGAUCGGGGCGAGGUGGUCGCCGAGCUGCGCCAGCCGUCGGUCACACCCGAGGCGGCUGGGUUCCCGGGAUUGGAGCAACGCGCGCGCGCCGGAACGGUACGCGUGGGAGCUCCCAAUCGCCCCGACUUGUAUCCGAGGAUGCCACGCGUGCUUCCUGAAGGCAGCGCUACGCGCCUGCUGGAUGAAGAACGCGGCGAACGGUGA